AUGAAGGUGCUGAUUACUUUACUGGCCUUGGCUGUGGCCCUUGCCACUGCUGCUCCCUCGACUUCUUUCCAUGGAAAGGUCCACCCCAAGGAUCUGCCAAGGACCAAUAAAAUUGAGGGUCGCAUUACCAAUGGCUAUCCAGCUGAGGAGGGCAAAGCUCCCUACACCGUUGGACUGUACUUCCAUGGUGGUUGGUGGUGCGGUGGUUCCAUCAUUGACAACACCUGGGUCCUGACUGCUUCUCACUGCACUGGUGGUGAUGGCGUCACCGUCUACUUCGGUGCCACCUGGCGUACCAAUGCCCAGUUCACCCACUAUGUCGGUAGCGGCGAUUUCAUCGAUCACAGUUCCGAGGAUAUUGCUUUGAUCCGCAUCCCACAUGUCGACUUCUAUCACAUGGUCAACAAGGUUGAGUUGCCCAGCUUCAACGAUCGCAACAAUGACUACAACGAAUGGUGGGCUGUUGCCUGCGGCUGGGGUGGCACCUACGACGGCAGCCCAUUGCCCGAUUACAUGCAGUGCGCUGACUUGCAGAUUAUCCACAACUCCGAAUGCGCUGCCUACUACGGUUCGGUGGCUGACAACAUCAUCUGUAUCCGUGUUGUCGAUGGCAAGGGCACAUGCGGCGGAGACUCUGGUGGCCCAUUGGUCACACACGACGGUAACAAGCUGGUGGGUGUUACCAACUUUGUGGCCGCAGCUGGCUGUCAAUCCGGUGGCCCAGCUGGAUUCCAGCGUGUGACUUCCCACUUGGACUGGAUUCGCGACCAUACUGGCAUUGCUUACUAGAAAAUUGAAAUAAAUAUUGAUUGAUUUA